AUGAGCUCCAAAGGGACCCGUAGGAUUAGACACCGCCGCGUCGCAGACAAAGACCGGAAGCGCGUUGCUCUCGCUCGGCGCUCAGCCGAAUUGAGUCCUGCCAAUGAAAUGGCGGAUGCAAUAGCCUUCUCGAGAGCUCAAUCACCACCGCUUCAGGGCGAUAUUCGGCCUCCUACCCUAUGUACGAAUAAGGACCAAGAGCCCUCCGUCCUCUCGCAGAGGGUUCUCUAUCUGGAAAAGAUCGUUCAACACAAACUUGGUCCCAUGAAUCUGGAUUUGAACACUCUCCAGUCCUUAUCUGAACAAGUGGAUAAACAAAACGAAUCGAUCAGUCCAGCCAGGAAUGCUACACCGGACCAACAGAUUGUUGCCGUCGAUGAAAAAUGCUGCGCUCAAUCAGUGGAAAAUACCGUCGCCCGUGAGACUUUCCGUACAACCCUUGCAAGCCCUUGUAUGAUCGGUAAGCUAAUCAGUGAUGUAGACUUCUCUGGAGAGUUUUCUCAUUGGAACUUCUCCAUGCAUAUAAAAAAAUGGAUUGAGCAAAACAUCUCCCAGGAUGUGCGUCCCAAAAGUGUCCCCCCGGCAUGA